UCCGCCAGACGAUGCCCUCGUAACCUGAGCCGAGACCAGACAAAUCAACUCUCACGCUCUCACUCAUCAUCACGCACGCUAGCUCCUAUAUUGGCCUGCCGCGAUGAACACCCGCCCGCCCAUCGAGAGUCCGAACACAACCGUUGUGUUAUCUAUCGCAUUCAACGAUGACUGCAGCUGCUUCUCUGUGGGCCUGAACUCAGGAUUCUGUAUUUUCCAUUCGCAAGCAUGCUCGUUAAAAACGACGAGGGACUUCAAUGCGGGAGUCGGCCUGGUGCGGAUGAUGGGCAGGGCCAACUUCCUAGCCUUGAUAGGAGGAGGGAAGCAGCCGAAAUUCGCCCAGAACAAGGUCAUUCUGUGGGACGACUCCAAAGGCAAGGUUGCGCUUGAAAUCACCACUCUCACGGCUGUAAGGGGUGUUCAGCUUGCCAGAAACCGCAUCGUGGUCGUCCUCCAGAACAGCGUGCGCGUCUAUUCGUUCGCAAAACCUCCGGACCUCCUUGCGGCAUACGAGACGGCUGAUAACCUCCUCGGUCUUUCUUGCCUGUCCGACAAGGUCAUUGCCUUCCCUGGCCGGACGUCCGGCCAGGUGCAACUGGUCGAAACCGCCACGGGCAACGUCAGUAUCAUCCCGGCACACUCCUCCGCCCUGAGGGCAAUGCAGCUGAGUCGCGAUGGAGAGCUGCUGGCCACGGCCAGUGAAACGGGUACUCUUAUCCGCGUAUUCGCGACCAGUAGCUGUGCUCGGAUAGCAGAGCUGCGACGCGGUGUAGAUCCGGCAACGGUGUUCUCACUCGGCUUCAACCCUUCGGGAACAAUGCUGGCUUGCACGUCCGACAAGUCUACACUGCACAUCUUCGAUGUCCCCCACACCAAGAAGACAGCUCGGCCGCCCCCCAGGCCCAGGAGCCCGCAGGUUGGUCCGUCAGGGAAUCAAGUGGGCGGCUCAGGUGACGAUGGCAAGGGGAAGUGGGGCAUCUUGGGUAAGAUCCCUCUGAUGCCGCGACUAUUCUCCGACGUCUAUUCCUUUGCAUCAGUGCCAUUUGAGGCUGGGGAUGAGCCCUUGAUUGGGGGUCUGCCCAUUUCCGAGAACACCACCCUGGGCACCUCAAGGCCACCCAAGGGGGUGAUUGGAUGGAUCAGCGAGGAGAGUCUUCUCGUUGUCGGUGCUGGAAAUGAUGCCAGAUGGGAGAAGUUUGUCAUUACGGAAGGCGACGAUGGUCGCCGUUAUUGCGUCAGGGAGGGUUGGAAGAGGUACCUCGGAAAUUCGUGAGGUAAUUUGGAAACGGUACAAAGGCGUUCGGAAUUGGUCGUGCAUUGGAUUUCUUUGUCAUGAAUUGUAUGUACAGAUACCACAGAACAGGCGCGCAAG